AGAUCUACUGCGCUCCCGCUCGCUGUGCCCGUGGUGAGGAGAGGGAGACACGGAUAGGCUCGCGUCCGGGGUGCUGCUGGAGACCCACUUCACCACUCACCGUCUCCAAGGACAACAUUCAGGCCCCUGGACAGGAAACGACCUGAACAAUAUACCGGACCCGACACGGAGACACGAUCUGGUCACAAAGCGGAAAAGCGGGACGUCUCCUCUCCAUCGGCUUUGCGCACGACCAGCCAUUAAAACCCUCUCUGGACCAGCGUCGCGAGCAAGCGAAGCACACUGAUGCCAACACAGCGAUCACUAUACUAAUCCACUACGACAUAUUUAUGUUGUUGUUUUUUUUCUUGAGCAUGAUUAUUCAUCUUUUAUUCCAGGAUAGAUAAUAACAUUACGGACACUGCACUUGGUGUUGACGCACAUUUAACGAGUUUCAGGCUCAUUGCAAUAUCCUCAUGGUCUGAAACUGAUAUAAACUAUCGAUCUGUUGCAUUCACGCUCGUUGUGCUUUUUAGUAACACUGUCACAUGUAUGCCGACAAGGGUCUGAUUGGUUUCAGACUGCAUUAGAUUAUUCAGCCACUGGUGACAGUGUCUUACAGAGCUUUCUCCAUUAAUAUAACCUGGGGGCCUUCUUUAAAACCGACUCUAUAUUUUGCAAUCAAAAGGAAUUGGAUCAAUCAUUCUCCCUGGAAAGUUAAAGGUGGAGACCAGGUGCCUGGGUCAAAACACAUCCAGGAGGUUUUUCUGAAGGUGGACGGCUCUGGAUUGCAUGCCGCCAUGCUAUCCUUAGAUGAGCCAUUGGACCUGAAAGUGCCAAGGGGGCGGGUUAGUGGGUGGGACAGAGGCUCCAGGUCUCCACACUCUCUCAACCUCUCUCCCAUACACGCCAAGGGGGCCGGGCAGCUGCGCAUGGCAGACGACGGUACCGCAGUCAUCGUUCCUGCUUCACCUACCUCCCCUCACACAGGUAAACAAGCAGGUGUCCUGCAGGAUAAAUCCGAGACCCCCACACCCCCGGCUGUGGACCUCAGUUUGUCCCCAUCGUCCCGUAACACCGCCUGCUCUCCAGAUUUCACCAAUGGGAACAGCUCGACUCCCAUCUUCCCUGGGGAUAUGGCUCAUAUCCGUUACGUGGAGGGAGGGGCCACUUCUCAAGCUUUCCAGUUCUUUUUGCCCAUUGGUGGAGGAGGAGGACUUCACCUGCCGUCAUCCAUGUUUAUUCGCCAACCCAAGGACAUGCGAGCUUCUCCGGACCUCUCCGCAGAUGAACAGCUGGCCUGUCAUUGGAGGAAGUGCCACAUGCUUUUUGACUCUUUGCAAGAGUUGGUGGACCAUGUCAAUGACUUCCAUGUGAAGCCGGAGAAGGACUCUGGGUACUGUUGCCACUGGGAUGGGUGUGCACGCAAAGGACGGGGCUUCAAUGCAAGGUACAAGAUGCUGAUCCACAUCCGCACUCACACCAAUGAGAAACCUCACCGAUGUCCCACCUGCAACAAGAGCUUCUCUCGCCUCGAGAACCUCAAAAUUCACAACCGCUCACACACAGGAGAGAAGCCCUACAUCUGUCCAUACGAGGGGUGCAACAAGCGCUACUCCAACUCCAGCGAUCGGUUCAAGCACACGCGCACGCACUAUGUAGACAAGCCCUACUACUGCAAGAUGGUGGGCUGUUUGAAACGCUACACAGACCCCAGCUCUCUGAGGAAGCAUAUCAAGGCUCAUGGGCACUUUGUAGCCCAGGAUCAGGGAGGUCCAGGUGGGGUGGGCUCCUUGUUGAAGCCGGGCCAGAUCACAGGGGCGGGAAAAGAAUCAGAGCUCACUUACAUCAGCGGGGCCCACAUCAUCAUCCCUAGUGCUGCAGCUGCUCUAUUGGGCAGCCAUGCUCUGCAGGGUUUGGGAGGCUCCCUCCCCUUGUCGCCCCUCAGUCCCCGGCCGCUGGACUUGAGCACUCUGGGCUGCCCGAGCUCCCCUCCAGCUGGGCUUGGAGGGACGUCCAUCCUGUCCUUCAGUGGUUCCCCACUCGGCUUGGCUAAAUCACCCCUGCUAUCACCUACCUUCUCAUCUUCCACACUUGGGCUACCCAUGAUACCAGUUUUGGGCUCAGAGCGCAGGGACCACAGCAGGGGCAAGGCCAGGGAAGAGAAUGGGGGCGAGGAUGAGAUCCAUAGGGGUGUUCUCAACCUCUCUAACGGAGCGUCCCAUGAUCCCCUGUCUUGGGUGGUCAUCCCUUCUGGCCAAGUCGUGCUGAAGCCAGCUGUGGUCAACUGAGCCCCACAUUCCAGAGGAACACCAGGGGUGGGUCAUGCUAAGGAGAGGGAAGGGUGGGGGUGGAGCAAGGGUCAAAGGUCAGAGGCAAGCCUGUGGGGGGUUUUCACAAAGCUAAUGCAGUCCGCACUGCUUGGAGGUGACACCACCUUCAACAUUUUGCUUUCAUUUAAUUUCACUCCUAAUUUGAAACUUUCUGCUACUUAUUUCUUGUGGUAAUUGCAACAGUGUUUUGAGGUGGAUAACCAACAAAUCAAGCCUUAAAAUUAGUGUAAAUAUUCUCAAAAUCAACAGUGGCCAAACAUUCAAUUCCAUUCAAUUCUCUUUCUUUCUUGCUAGUAUGCUGCUUUUUUUCAAUUUCACGAGAGCACUGAUCUAAACGGUAGUCUUAGUAAUCGGUGCCCUUGUUUCAAGAGACCAUUGCCAUACAUUUUUAAGCAAGAUAGUGUAUGCAAUACGCUAAAGACACGUACGUUUUUAUUCUUUGAGAACCAAUAUUGUGAAAUGGAUCCUCAAGCCAUUCUGUUAUGAAAAUACCUCUAAGACUGCAUAUAGCUAGCUAGAAAUAUUUGAGGCUAACUCACUUUCACAUAGGGUUGCCAACUGUCCCAUAUUCUGGCCGAAAUUACCCCAAUGUUCUGUAUUUUGGCCCAAAAUAAACAUCCUAUGUUUUAGGUGGUGAAAUGCUCAAGCGAGACAAAAAAGCGCAGAUAAAGGGGAACCUUAGUAAGGAUACUCAGUAAGAAUGUUUUUUUUUUUUUUUGCAGUGUGUGUCCUGUAUUGAUUUGGCAAAAUGCUUAAAGGGUACCCUGCCAGUCUGACAGUAAAGCGAUCCAUAUUAAAGCAAGAGUGCUUGAGCUUCCAAUAUUCUCAAGGGGAAACCACCUGCUUACACAGGAUUGGUCAAGUUUGCUAAGGGGUGCUAAGCUUGUAUGUGAAACUUGAGUUUACUAGAGCUUGGUUUUUAGCCUUUUUAGUUUCUAAUGACAAUCAGUGUCUGUCAUAUCAGACAAUAAAACAGCGCUAGCACUCCUGAGUCCCACCUCAGGCACCAGGUACCCUCAACACACUUACAAGUGAACUUCCCUCGUGCUAUUGUGAGCUAUAUGACAAACCUUGUUUAUGCUGCUAGCUAUGUCACUGCAACGCAAACAUAUUUCCUUGAAUUACGAAUAGAUAAAGUGUAUGAAUUACAAUCUGCCUCCUAAUGGGGGGAGAAAUCAAAAAUUUUGACUUACUCUUUUUAUGUUAAGAGAUUUACAGACGCAAAGCUCAGAGUAACUGAGUUUCAAGUCAGACAAGGGCACAAACUCAGCUAGCAGUUAUGCUAACAGCCCAUAGGAAAACAACACGUCACUAUUUUGCAAAUAGUGCCAUCUUCUGGUCAUCAGAUGUAGUGCACACUACUGGGUGAACCAAGGGCCUGAUUUAACAGUAUUGUCCCGCUUUGCAGUGUACAUGCAGAGCAGGGUAAAACGAAGGACCUUUGGUUGGCCUGGAAUGUUUGACACAUGCAUGUACCAAUUUUGGUGUAUCGCAAUGAUUAAAGGCCUAUCUUUUUAAUGCAACUUUGUUUUCAGUGUUUCACUGCCCCAUUUAAAAUCAAGAAACACUGUGCCAAAAUUACUGACGCAAGGACUUAAUAGUAACGUGCAUAAAGCACAAUUUCGGCUAUAUAGCAAAACAGAACAUCUUAAAAUGAUAAGAAUUAAGACAGUUUUACUUGACUUGUGUAACAAAAAUACGCUGAUAACUGAAUUAAACUCUACGGAGCUAAGCAUCAAGUUACGGCCUCUUUGAUCCCAUUUACCGCUGACCAUUCCAUGCACAGCCAUGAUGCAUUAAUACGUAUUAAGAUGGGAGAGUGAUUCUGUGCGACAUAUCGUCAAAGGUGCAUCGUGACAUUCUGAGAAAUACAUUAUACAUACAAUACAAUACAAUACACCAUAUAUAUUCUAUGCUAAUUGCUAAAAAUGGCCUUCCAACCAAUGCUCUACAUGUGGAAGUCAAAGCGGCAUGCUUGUGUUUGUAGGUGCAUUGAAGCAUUAACGUGACUUAAGAGCGCGGGACUAAUGGAUUGAGUUGCGACCAAAUUGGAGAUUGUAUUUCCACCCGAUAUCAUUCGCAUUUCAUGUACGCUUAUGAUUUAGAAAUCAGGCACGUAACAUGGAAUAUCCUCUCUGGGGAAGUUUUUUCCGUAUUAUUGUCCCUUGUCCCAUGUAAAGUUUAGUUUUAGUGGCAAACAUUCCGACUGAAGUAUUCACACUUCCCUAAGCAUGUACCCCGCCCUCCCUCCAAAACCUUUUGUCCACUCAGAGUCUUACUCCAUAAUGUUUAUGUUUCGCAGUUUGUGGAAACUAUACAUUUAAUGCGCUUUUGUUUUAACAUUUCUUCUGUCUUAUUUGGACGUGACAUUUCUUAAUGUUGAAGUUGCUUUAUUUCUCGUUUCUGCUAUCGCUGCUCUGUGGUCAGCUUUCUCCAGCCAAGGGGUCUAGAGGAGAUCAUAUACAAAAAUAGGAGGAGUGUUAUGAGUCGGGAAUCCUAAAGUCUAGUCAACAAAAAUCACACCAUGUCGUCGACACUGUCCUAACCAGACGCCAUGAGACAACUUGCGAGAAGUGAUUUGUAUGACCAGACUUGGUCAAUAUUUGAUAUUUAAUAUACAGUUAAGGCUCAGUCACAUUUAUCUUUGCAUGAGGAAAUUCCAUGGGCGAAUUACAGUCAUGUCAAUGGGAAUCCGUGGCAUCAGGAAUUUCACCUGAUAAACUUUCGAUAGCGAAGAAAUUUCGUAGCACGAAUUUUGCGAGGGGUUUCAUUUUGGCACGCGAAUUUGCAGUGUUAUCCAAUAUGAAGUUGCUUGACUUGGCAGUGACCUCUAUGUGGGCGGUGCUUGGUAUAUAUAUAUAUAUAUAUAUAUAUAUAUAUAUAUAUAUAUAUAUACAUUUA